GUGGCCGCCAUGCUGCCGGCCCACCACGCCAUCCCCACCGGCACGGGUGCGCUGGCCGAGUACGUCCGCGUGCCGGCGCGGUACGUGGUGCGCAAGCCCGAGGGCGUCAGCUUUGGCGAUGCGGCCGGGUGCUUGCUGCCGGCGUUGACGGCGUGGCAGAUGGUCGAGGAGUCGGGCGUCAAGGAGGGCGACCGUGUGCUGGUUAACGCGGCGAGCGGCGGCAUCGGGACUAUGGUUGUGCAGAUGGUGCGCAAGGUCGUUGGGGACACGGGUUAUGUCGUGGGCAUCUGCAGUGGAAAGAAUGCGGAUAUGGUGAAGAGUUUGGGGGCUGAUGAGAUCAUCGACUACACCCAACACGACUCCCUAACCGCACACCUCACAGCCCGCUUCUCUGCAUCGCCCUUCAACACCAUCCUCGACACGUACGGCCUACAGGCGCUAUACCUCGCGUCGCCGUCCUACCUCGUCCCCAGCGGGCACUACUCGUCCGUCGGCAUCAAAGCACCAAACUUCUCCUUCCCAGACUUCCUGCGCGCCGUGGUGCAGAUGAAGCUCAACGAGUGGUGGCCCGUCUCGCGGUGGCUCGGCGGCGUGGGCCGGCGCUGGUGCGGCGUGGCCAUGAUGAAGCCCACGCUCGAGGACCGCCAGCGCAUCAUCGACAUGCUCGGCGCCGGCGACAUUCGCCUCGUGAGGGAUAGCGUGUGGCCCUUUGAGCAGGCCAAGGAGGCGUAUGCUAAGCUGGCUGGGUUGCACGCCCGGGGCAAGAUUCUCGUCAAGGUGGAUGCUGCUGUUGGAGACGAUGAGUGUUGAUAGCUGUUCAAUCAAAGCGGAAGACAGGGAGGACGUUUACGUGCGAUGGUCAUUUUGAUAUACUCCACUCUAUGUUUGCUCCGCGAUGGACUCGCAAUCGUAUAUUUAAUGAUGCA